AUGGAGUAUCCAAACCACCGAGGCUCGCUUGCAAAUCUGGUACCUUCUCCCACAUCAUCCAUCACUACUGCCAGCAAUAUAUCUAUUAGCAGUAAGGGUGACUUAGCAUUUCAAGAUUCACCAAUCUCUUCCAUCACCGCAAGUUCGACGCCCAUUUUCCUUUCGUCCACUCAGUCUGCGAAUAUCGACAAGGACACAACCCCUGCUAAUCAAACGUUACCUAAUGAAUUGGUAAAAAAGCGUAGAUCCCGUGAUGAUGAUAAAGAAGCCGAAGAUAAAAGAAGUUUGAGAAGAAAGUAUUUGAAUCGCGCAGCAGCCAGGAGAUCAAGACAAAAAACAAAAGAUUAUUAUAAUGGGUUAAAGCUGCGUGUCGAGGAAUUGGAAGAGGAACGAGUUGAAAAAUUAAAGGAGAUUGAAAAACUCAAAGAGAUUUUAAAAAAUUUGGGUCAAAAAAUUGAGUGA